AUGAAAGACGAAGAAAUUGAUUUCGAGAGCGCCAAAGACACGAUGCGCCAGAUAUUUGCGUCAUUGGAGCUAGAUGAAUCGAAGGAUUUGGUUAAAUGGGCCCAAGAAUAUCUUCAAUCACCUCCAGAGAUUAUUGGAUGCACAGCUCGAUUGGAACGAGAAGAAAGGAAAAGAAAGGAACAUCAAUUGGCUGUGAUCGGGUCAUUUUUGAAAGAUCGAGGUGUAAUGAAGCCAUCCUACGAUCGAGUUGCCAAUUAUCCAAAGAAUGGGCAUGCAAGCGAUUGUAAUGAGACAAAUACGCUAGAAAUCGAUAACUUUCUUUACGAUGAGGAUGAUAUUGACGUGCUUGUCGACGAGCGAGUAAUUUCUCGACACUAUUGCAAAAAAUGCGGGUCCAAAGAUCUCGAACCCUUGAAUUUCAUUAGCCACAGUUUUGCCAAAAAACAGAUUCAAUUCGUAUUUGAGAAACUGCUUCCCGAGGAGGGUGCAGAUCUCAUUUUGGACGUCGGAAGUCGAUUAGGAGCUGUCGUUUAUGGAGCAUCGAUUUUCACGGACGGAAAUAUCAAAGUUGUCGGAGUUGAAAGGGACUCGGAACUUGUCAAAGUCACUAUGGACACCAUCAAACAGUUCAAAUUAAAGAACAUCGAAAUUGUCGACAAUGACAUUCGACAGGUUCCACAAGUCGUCGAAUCGGCCCAAUUCAUUAUCAUGCACAAUGUGUUCUCGUUUUUCAUGACCGAUUCGGAACAGGAAGAUUGCUGGGAGUUUAUGCACAAACACAUGAAGAAGGGAACGAUUCUCAUUCAUCAUCCAGAAAUCGAAUUGUCCACGGAGUACUUGAAUCUGAGCUUCAAUGUCAAAGAUUGGUUGGAGACGGUUGAUACGGCUGUGGAGUGCAUCGAUUUUGCUGGAAGCGACACCGAAGUUUUCGAAGAUGUGUUCGCUGUCAAAAAGUACAUAACAGUACUAAACGCUUGCGGAGGCAAGAAAAAUGAGAAAAAAUCGAUGAUGAAAGGGCCAACGGUAGUCACACCUGCUCCAGCUCCCCCUGUUGAUCCGAAUGCCAAUAAAGACGAGAAAAAAGGAGAGGACGGGGAGAAAAAGGAGAAAUCCGGUGAGAAGUCGAAGAAGGAUGAGAAGAAACCGGAAUCGGAGCAGAAGUCGAAGAAGACUGACAAGCCCAAGUCUGAAGAGAAGAAGGAUAAUAGCAAGGAUAAGAAAUCUGAACCGAAGAAUGAUGAGAAGAAGGAAGCGAAGACUGACAAGAACGCGGAAAGUAAGGAGAAGCAGGAGCCUUCGAAACCACAACCCCAUGCUCCUCCACCAGACGCAAAACAAAACUUGAUAACCGAUCCAAUUGUGACUCCCGAAACCGACGAGUAUCCAACAGUCGAGGAAAAAGACGAGAAGAAGGAUGAGAAGAAAGACGAUGGUACCAAAAAGGACAAGGAUGAUACGAAAAAGGACAAAGAUAGCAAGAAGGAUGAUGAAACAAACGGGAAAAAAGAGUAG